UUAAACAUCGGGUAAGCUGUGUUUAAUUUGUAAACAUUUAUUAAAUCGAAAAAUUUGAUUUUGAUUCAUGAUAUUCCAAAUUUAAGUUUAGCAAACAUUUUAGGCUAAAGAUGGUACGCGUAAUAGAAGACGUUUUUGGUAUUGCUGUCAAUCCGUUGACACAGAAAACGGAGCAUGUGCGUCGCUUUACAUUAAGCACAGAGAAGGACAUGUCUGUGGCAAUAUUGACACUGGGUGCCAUAAUACAAAGCGUGAAGGUGCCCGACUUUAAUGGCAAGCUCGCAGAUGUUUGUCUUGGCUAUGACGAUGUCGCCGGAUACUAUCGCAAUCAGCAAUCUUAUUUUGGGGCCACCCUUGGCCGCGUGGCAAAUCGUGUUGCCCAUGGCCACUUCAAAUUGUGUGGCAAGGAUGUUAGUAUUACCCGUAACCUGAAGGACAGACACCACCUGCAUGGAGGCUAUGUGGGCUUCGAUAGCGUCAUCUGGGACGUGGUGGGCAUCCACAAGGAUGGCAUAACUCUGCAGCACGUUUCACCCGAUGGACACGAGGGUUAUCCGGGCGAAGUGACUGUCAACAUUAAUUUUUCGCUGAAUGAAGCGGGAUGCUUUGGCAUGCGAAUCGAGGCGCGCGCCAAAGCUACUACCUGCAUCAAUAUAAGCAACCAUGUUUACUUUAAUCUCGCUGGUCAUGACACGGGCAGGGAAACGCUCUUCCAGCACAUGGCAAUGAUCAAGGCUAAUACGAUUGUGGACACAGAUCAGGAGCAGCUACCCACUGGCAAGCUAAUGCCUGUGCGUAAUACACCCUAUGAUUUCAGCACUUUAACUAACUUGGGCAAGCGGCUGAACCAAGUCUAUCGUUGCCCUAUCUGUGGUUUUGAUAACAAUUACUGCGUCAACGUGGAUCCAAAUCAAGUGAAGCUAGUGGCCCGGGCAGUGCAUCCUUGUACCGGUCGAUUUAUGGAAGUCCAUACAAAUCAGCCUGGAUUGCAGUUCUAUACUGCGAAUAGCUUGCCCGAUGAGGAGCGGGGCGACAUUCCCAAUAUUGGGAAGGAUGGUGCCCAUUAUGUAAAGCACGGGGCUUUCUCUAUGCAGACUCAAAAGUAUCCAGAUUCGAUGAAUAAUGCUUCCUUUCCGACUGUCAUCAUAAAUCCCGGUCAAUUGUACGAUCAUCAAGUGGUCUUCCGAUUUGGGGCAUGCCCAAAACGUAUAUAAAAUUGCAUUUGCAUAUAUUAUUAUUUUCAUAUAAAAUAAACUUGCAACUUUAAAUGUUUCGAAUUAUUAA